UCUCCGGGAGGGAUUGCUGGGAAGUCGCUGGGGCUGCGAGAAUUUGGAAGGAAUCUGGAGGACGCUGCGGGGAACGAGGAGCCGGGCGGGCGCCCCCCGCAUUUGGACCCUUCAGUGGACAAUACUAAACAUGGAUAGAGUCUUCAUCACAGAUGCUAAAGCAAAUUCUGUCCUAAAAAGAUAUCCACGAGCAAAUGUACUUUUGGAAGAACUUAAACAAGGAAACAUUGAACGUGAAUGCAUAGAAGAACGCUGUGACUAUGAAGAGGCAAGAGAAGCUUUUGAAAAUGAUGAGAAAACUAGGGAGUUCUGGAAAAGUUACACAACAGGAAUGCAUGGAGAAAUUAACACUGGAUAUAACAGGUAUCCAUUUUACCUUGUUUUCCCAUUAAUCAUUGGCCUUCUCAUUAUUCUCAUCAUCAUCUUUGUCACAUGGAGAUGUCUCCUCAAAAAGAAAAUGCGUAGACGAUCCAUGUAUGCACACAGCAGAACCAGGGAAGCCACAGGUGACAGAGGUGUUACUGAUGGGAGAAGUCCUCUUCCUUUGCCACUCAGCAUUCUUCAUUCCCCUCAGGAAGAAACAUUUGAAGGCAAUGGACAUUCUCCAGGAUAUCUGAGCUACACAGAUGGACAUUCAGACUCUGUUUCAACAAGGCUGUCAAAUUGUGACCCACCUCCGUCAUAUGAAGAAGUUGCUGGUGAAAAUGGCAUGAGGAGAAAUGAAACCACAAAUCCCUUGGAUCCACCUCCACAAUAUGAAGACAUAGUGAAUGCUAGUUUGGUUAAUGACAUUUCAGUACCUUUUGUUGCCACAGGUAUCAAGUGAAGUAGGAACAGCACUAGUAGCUCCUUUAUUAAGAGCAAAAAUCUUUUUUUUCCUCUAAGCACUUUAUUGCAGCUUAAUGUUUGAAAGUUUAUUAAUUUGUUACUACUCCCUUCUCUGCUCUCCAAAUUGGGUUUGUUCUGUGGCACUUCCAGCCCAGUAGGGAUUUGUAGGUAGGGAGACAAAAAUAAUUGGCAUACUUCUUGAGAUGCCACUUCCAUUGGCUGCUGUUUCUUAACAUUAUUGCUGAAAGUGCUUUUGUUGCAGGCCUAAAGGAUUUCUAAUGGCAAACUUGAAAUUUUGGGUCAGUAAAUAUUAUUCUUGGUUUCAGGGCAGUUAAAAUUCUACUCAUCUACCCGAAUGAAAACUAUAACAAACCUCUUUCAAGAGAGGGAGAGGGCAGGGGGAGAGAACCAUAUGUGAUGAGAUCCACCUUGUGCAAUGGCUUUUCUGUGUUAUUUUUGUUAAAAAUUACAACAGUCAGGUGGUUUGCAGCAUGACUCUCCCCACCCCCCUCUUGCCCACAACUCAGUCACCACCUUUCCUACUUGGUGCCUGUCUGUACCACCUAAUUGAUGAUAUAUAGAAAUAUACCUUAACAGCAUUUGAUUGCUUUUUCAGUCACCAGCACUUGUUUUGUAUUGAUUCCAUGCUUUACAGUUUAAGAAAUGGCCUACAGUAGCAGGGUAUGACAUUCAGUUCUAUGGAGUGUGCAUAUUUCUUCAACAAAAAAAGUGUUUGAUAAAGCUAUUACUUGUGUUUAUGCAUGCCAGGUUUUAAAAGCAGAUAAGAGACCUCCACCUGUGAAAGAAAAUCUAGAAACAAAUUUAUUUCUAAUGAUUUUUGAUUGAUACUAAAGCAUAGAUAGUUUGCAAGGCAGGUUUGCUUCUAAGGUUGGCUCUAAUGAUGCCAGAACAUUGUAACGUGCUGCCUGACCCUUUCUUUUUAGGCUUGAUUAAAUGUGGCAUUGGGAGGCAAGAAGAACUUGUUUGAUGUUGCAUGUGCCCAGCAUCUUGCUGCUGGAAUUGCAGUGGCAUGCUGUUAAUGAACACAUGGAACAGCCCAGUUUAGAUGAGGUGUUGAAUAUGUGCUGCACUGCAUGAUUCUUCUUACCUGCUGGCAUCAUGAUUAAAUUUGGCUUUUCAGCAGCUUUUAGCCCUUAUUUUGGAAGAAAUAAUGUAGUAAAAGAGAGUUGUGGAAGGCUAUUUUUGUCUGUGCAAGUUUCUUUUUCAUGCCUCUAGAGCUCUGAGCCUUGAUCUUUGGGAGACUGGAGAACAUGAGAUGCUGGAACAGUGUAUGAAGUGGCAAAGAGGUAGAUAUCUCCUGUGUUCUUAACAGUACUUACUCCUUCCCUGAGCUGUUUGCCUUCCAGAUGAGAUAAUUCUCUAAGAGGAGUUUGCUAGUGUUUUCCAGACUCCUGAUAGCUAAGACAUAGAGUUCCCCCUUUGAACAUUAGAGACACUGAUCACAUAGAGACACAGCUGGUAAUUAUCAUGCAUUUCUGCACAUGGUGUGGGUUGGGUUAUUUAUUUACUCUGAUGCAGAGGCAAUUCUUUGAGAAUUACCUGCCCUCAAAGAAAGCUAACUGGAAAGCGGCAUGUUCAGAAUCACAUCCUGUUUCUCAUUGCCUGUUAAUGGUUUUUCAAGUUGCUUUAGUUUGCCCUGGCAGACAUUUGUUGGAGGGGGGGAUGAUUCAUCUGUAUUCACCUAUGUAGAUAUACUUAAUUUUGAUUUCAUGGGUGUAAUAUGAAUGAGGAAUGUCAGGGGAUAUGCUCAAAUUAGAGUGUAAACCUUUUAUAAAAUGUUCACUUUCUAAAUCUAAAACCAUUUAAGUACCAGUUUGAGUAUCUCAAAUGCUGCUGCACUAUAACAGUGUGGAAGGUGUAGGAUAUUUCAAGAUACAUCCCUUUUUUUGGAAUGGCUUUAUCAUGAGGCUGUAUAAGUGUUGGAGGAAGGUAGUAGCAAGGGGAUAGGUGCCUGUUCUGUGGAGGUUGACUUUAAAUUUCAAAUAAAGAGUAGGCACAUUAGCUGUGUAUGUUCAGGUGGAAAUCAUUCUGUGAGGUUCAGUGAAGCUGCAAAAAUAUUUUGGUUUAUACGAAAUGAUGGUCUGUUCUGCAUGCUUCUAUUGAGUUGUCAUGGUGUCUUGUAGACCAGUAGUAUCUGCCACAGAGGAUGCUGACAAUGAGUGUAGAAUCAAGUGAUAAUUAUUCCAAAUGUUCGGUUAAUCUGGACAUGCUAGGCUUGUGGAUCUUCCCUGCUUUCUUCUGCUCCCAGCAGCUAUGGGAAAGUUGAUUCCUGAGUCAGGGUCAAUGGGCUGCAGUAAGAAGGGGGAUGGGAGCAAAAUCACCCCCCCCCCCCGCUGCCUCUUCUUACAACAGAAUCAACUUGACAAAGGGAAGCCUAGAAGAUUUGUGACAAUCAGUCACUUCUGCUGAUGGAUCACCCCCACCCCUUUCUUUUCUGGGGAUUUUAAUCUGUUUGUGUAGUAGAACUAACAGCCAGCCAUGUGAAUUGGUUCCUUUUUAUGCAGUGCCCCCUCCCCCUUUACCAUGGAGUGGCCUGUGAAUUUUGCUUCUUUUCAAAACCUUGCCAGCUUUUUCUUUUUCUUUUUUUGGCAGUUACGCUAAGGUAGUUUCUGCUAUAAUUUACUUUUCUGCUUCAGUGGCGAAAGCUUAAGGCCAGUGCUACUGCCUGUUUUAGUAAGUCUACAUAUCUCUGUCACGGAAGCAUUUAUUAAUUUAAUGUACCAUCACCACUCCCAAAUGAUUUGCAAGCUGCUGACAAACAGGGAGUGAGAUUGGUGGAAAUGUGUAUACAAUUACAUUUAUCAUCCAUUUUGGCAAAGAGUGCCAAAAUGGUUCUCCAUUUUGCUUGAGUUCUCCAGUAAGGCAAUCAAGCAAAGGUAAGCUGAAUUUGACUUUAUUAUGCUCAGAUGGAAUCAUGGAACUUGAUGGAAUAUUUCUUCUAGUGCCAAAGGGCUAAUUUAAUAUCUCAUCUGUUAAAGAUAAAUGCAACAAAAGGGUGUAAUCUGAUAUCUUUCAGGCCACUUUAUUUUUUUAAGCAACUUUGCACAUGAGCAAUGUGACUUCUCUGUAUGUUAAUGUUCUUAAUGGAGGACCAGAAUCCAUCACUCCUCUGCCAAAGUGCCUUCUAUAUAUAAACCACUUUGGAUGAGACAGAGAGAAAUCCAGUAUUCAGUUGUCCCAGAAAACUCCCUUGUUUUUUGAAUAAUAUGUAGAUGCAACUUGUUGGCUUCCCUGAAACAAAAUCAGGCAUUGCAGUUGGCCUACUGUUUGACCACAUUGGUCUGAAGCAGUGACUGAAAUCAGUACCGUUAAUAUCCCGUCACUACAUGCAUCACCUGUUCUGGGCUGUGGUUAAUUAACUGGCAUUUCUAUGCUAAAAAUUUUACGUUGCAGAUGAGAAGGUCAUAACUUACUUUUUUUGAAGAGAUUACUGUAUUUUUGCAGAGAUCAUUCGUUGCACCUUCUGUAGGCCAUACUUACCAUCACAAUACAUACCAACAUGACUCUGUAAAUGAGGCUAGCUAUAAUCCUCAUUUUUAUGGAACACAUUACGCUUUUUUCCUAUCCCUUAAGUAGGUUCCCCCCCCCCCAGUUCCAAUUGUUCCAACGUUACAAGCUAUUAAAGUGAGGUUUCUUAUUUCUGUCCUUUGCUGUUCUGGUUUGACUGAAUACUAACCCAACCCACAGUGACUGAUUUUAUAAUAUAUUCAAAACGUGCUUAACUAUUUUGACUGGAAUUGUUUUUCUGCAGCAGGUAAUAUAAUAAAAUACACAGCCUUAUCUCUUUAUUCUAAAAGCCUAAACAUAUUGUUGCAUUUGGCUGAUGUUAAAAACUGGUAAGGUAAAAGAUUCUCUGCACAGAAUAUCACAAUGCCUUGAGCUUGUGAAGUUCUAAAUGCUUGUCAAUGCAAUCCUAAACAGAGUUACUCCAUUCUAAUCCCAUUUAAAUUAAUAGGCUUAUACUGGAGUAGCUCUGCUUAGAAUUACUCUGUAUUUUACUCAAUUUAAGAUAUGGUUCUUAUUAAUUACUUUGUGUUAACAAUUGCCACAGGAGUUGCAGUCUUUGGUGCAUGUACAUAACCUCAAUUUUAUUGCAGUAUUAAAUAUUUUUAACAUAUGGUUUACAUUUAGAUUAUGGAUUUUUAACAUGCUUACAUUAUUGAAAGUUUGUGGAAUUUUGAUAUGCUAAAUAAAUCUAUUUUUUAAAUAUUUGGUGUCUCAUAAUAUUUAGCUUUAGGCUAGAGUGGAGGGGUUCUGUUGCACAGCCUUGAUUUACAGUAUUGUUCACAACCAGGGGUUAUGAUGAGUUUGACUUAUCAACGUUAUACAAUUAAUAAAAAUGCAAAACUUUGUCAAA